CUGGGUGACAUGAUCAAAUUGCGGCUGUGCAGUUUUGGGUCCCUCGACUCUGGCUGGAUAGUUUGGUCAAGCAUUUGCAUUCGCUUUAUUACUGGGCCAGAGGAAGUCAAGUGGUUAUGGAGGCAGACGCACUUGAGGAAAAGCUCUUACUUUGUGCUAAAGAGGGCAGUUGUGCUGAUAUUCAGAGGCUCCUUCAGUCGAGAAUCAACCAAAGCAGCUCUCUCGACAUCAACUGCAGAUCAAGGUCUAAAGCCAGCUCAGGAUGGACACCCCUCCACCUGGCCUGUUACUUUGGAAACAGGGAUGCUGUGGAGGAGUUACUCAAGGCAGGUGCCGAUGCAAAUUUGCAGAAUAACAUGGGUGACACACCUCUACACAAAGCAGCCUUUACUGGAAGAAAGGAGAUUGUUCUGUUGCUGCUGAGGUAUGAUGCCUGUUCCAACAUAAUCAAUGGAACUGGUCAAAUCCCUAAAGAUGUCACAGAGGAUGAUGAAGUCAUAACAAUGCUGGAGGCUGCAGAGAGAAGAGAGAAAAGGCGGCAGGAGGAGAAGCUUCUGGAAGCAGCCAGAGAGGGGGACAUCUCUACGCUGUCUAAACUGCUCAGUGGAAAAGACGCUCCAGAUAUUCACUGCAGGGACUCGGUGGGGAAUACGCCCUUACACUGUGCAGCCUACAGGGGGCAGAAGCAGUGCAUUAUAAAGUUACUCAAGUCUGGAGCCAGCCCCAGUACUAAAAACAACAAUGACCAGACAGCAUUAGACCUGGUCCGCAGCAGUAAACUGAGACCGAUUCUAGCAGCCUAUCAAGACAAGGAUGUGAGCAGUGGGGUGCAGAAGAUUGAAGGCCCUCUUUGGAAGAGUUCACGCUUUCUUGGAUGGCGGUCCUACUGGGUGAUAAUUGAGGAUGGAACUCUCUCCUGGUAUCCCAGACAGGCAGAUGCUGUGGCUGGUGUCAGAAAACAGGGCUGUAAGUCACUAACACAAGCCUACUGCAUGGUCAAACCGUGGGAUCAUUGCUUCUUCAUGCUCAGGUGCUUUGAUGACACUGUACUUUAUUUUAAGGUCGCCUCAAAGACGAAUUCAGUGGCAACAAGACAAAGAUGGUUGGAUGCUUUUGAGGCACAUUCAUCCUAUAGCACCCGCCACUACACCCAGGAACAGGUUAUUAACGUUGCAGAUGGUGAUUUUGGCGUGACGGUGAGGAAUCUGUCACUAGCCCUUCAGGCAGCCAGCACUUCCCAGCAGAAAUUGGAGAGUGAAGUGUCAAUAUUUCUAUCGAUGGUGAAGAAUGAGGAGAAUUGUGCAUUGGCUGCCCCUCUUCUACUGAAAGCCAAAGAGACCAGUGAGCUCUCCAGUGAAACCUGUGCUGCUCUCCAUCUGUGCCUUGAACUGCUGUCAAAACAGGAGGAGACGUGGAGCCUGAAGUUCGAGCAGGAGGUGGAGAAGAACAAAGCUUUGACAGAGGCUUUGCAGACAUUGGCAACUGAGCACCACGAACUCAAGCACUCUCUGUGCAAGAGCAGGAGGUCGUCUACCCUCAGCACCCUCACCGAAGAUGACUUCUAUGAUGCUGUGUCAGAGUCGGAUUCGGAGCUCUCAGUGAGCGGCUUCCUGUCUGUGGCCAGUCACUCCUGGGAAGAGGACGAGGGGAGAGACGCCCCCAUUCUCAGCAGCCUCCGCCAUCCCAGCGCACUCAGGGGGCCUGCCGGAAUGUCAGGGGAGGGUAGCCAUGGCAACCAGCACAAUGGAGGCAAGAAGCACAGAACAUCUCUACCGACUCCCAUGUUCUCAAGGAAUGACGUCAGCAUCUGGAGUAUCCUGAAAAAAUGCAUUGGCAUGGAGUUGUCAAAGAUUGCCAUGCCUGUGAUAUUUAAUGAGCCUCUGAGUUUCCUUCAGCGGUUAACAGAAUACAUGGAGCACACCUACCUCCUCCACCAGGCCAAUGCCACAACAGACUCUGUCGAGAGGAUGAAGUGUGUUGCAGCAUUUGCUGUGUCAGCUGUUGCAUCGCAGUGGGAGAGGACUGGGAAACCCUUUAACCCACUACUGGGGGAGACCUAUGAGCUCAUUAGAGAAGAUUUAGGCUUCAGGUGGGUGUCGGAGCAAGUAAGCCAUCACCCUCCAGUCAGUGCCUUUCAUGCUGAGGGCCUCAAUGAGGAUUUUGUCUUCCAUGGCUCCAUCUACCCAAAACUCAAGUUUUGGGGAAAGAGCAUAGAAGCUGAGCCCAAGGGACUCAUCACACUGGAGCUGCCCAAAUAUAAUGAAGCCUACACCUGGACAAACCCCACCUGUUGUGUCCACAACAUCAUUGUUGGUCAGCUUUGGAUUGAGCAGUAUGGCAGCGUGGAAGUGAUCAAUCACAAGACCGGAGAGAGAUGCAGCAUGAUGUUCAAGCCCUGUGGCCUCUUUGGGAAAGAGCUCCAUAAAGUGGAGGGAUACAUCCUAGAUAAAAGCAAAAAGAAGCUCUGUGCAAUAUAUGGCAAAUGGACUGAAUGCCUGUACACAGUCGAUCCCGUUACCUUUGAUGCCUACAAAAAGACUGACAAAAAGAAUUCUGAUGAAAAGAAAGGCAAUAAACGGAACAGUGUUGAUGAGGAGCCAGAAGAGAUGCCACCACCUGAUGCUGAGACAGUCCAGGUCAUCCCGGGCAGUGAGCUCAUCUGGAAGAUAACGCCUCGACCAGACAACUCAGCCAAGUUCUAUGCAUUCUCCACAUUUGCCAUGUACCUAAAUGAGCAGGAGAAGAGCAUGGAGGGAGUUACUCCCCCAACAGACAGUCGCUUCAGACCUGACAUUCGCUCCAUGGAGAAUGGAGAUAUAGAUUUGGCAAGUUCAGAGAAGAAGAGACUUGAGGAAAAACAGAGAAUGGCCCGGAAAAAUCGCACCAAAUCAACAGAUGAAUGGAAAACAAGGUGGUUUCAACAAGGACAAAACCCUCACAACAAAGCUCAGGAUUGGCUCUACUUGAAAGGCUACUGGGAGAGGAACUACACUCACCUGCCUGACAUCUACUAAUAAGUAGAAAUGCAUAAAAAAUACCAUACACCUGGGUAUCUACUUUUACUACUUUUGGACUUUAUCUGCUCUACUGGGGUUUGUGCAAGGGCAUGCAACAAUGUCAAAGAGCUGAUACGGAACAGCAGAUAGGGUCAAGGAAAUAUGCUUGGAAAAUGUCUUAAAGCAGUCAAAAUAAAUUAAAACACAGAGUGAACACCAGGGGCAUAUAUUCUUCCUUAUAGAUGUGUGUGAACAGUAAAGCACAAACACUCUUAAGCUUAGUAAUUGUGGUUCUUGACCACUAACGUAUGGUAUAGGCAUGUAUUGGACAAACUAGAAUGUAUAUUUUUUUAUACAUAAAUUUGUGUGUUUUUGGGGUGGAUGCAUUUUACUCAUCAGCUUCAGUGCACAGACCUUACAAGGCCAGACCACUACAAACUGCUGCAAUGGAGGGCAUGAUGAUGCAUCCCGAGCACAUCGAUUAGACGUUUAUUAAACUCUGACACUGAUUGUUAUUGUGCAUGCUAAAAUGUAGAACAAAGAAUGAAAAUACAUAAUUUAGGAACAUUUGUUUUUCACUUUGCAGUACAAUGAGGUGCAUAUAUAUUUUGUGUUUAAGUGUUCAAAAUCGGGUUAUUUGCAUAAUCUGCUGCAAAGAUGAUGGCAAGAAAAAUGUUACCACAUCUGACAAGAACUGUGGCCAGUAUCGCACCAAUAAAUUAAAUGUUUAAAAUGUAUCAUUAAGCCCGAAACUAUGUAUUGUAUAGAUGUGUAUUGAUAACAGCGUUGCACAUAAGUCUACCUGACUCUGUCGACACCGUAGCAUUGUUUUUCUAACUAUACUGAACCAGGGACACUCCAUCUCUGCACCUAUUGAUUUGUGUGGGUAAAAGUUUUGCCUUAGUUAAGUUCAAGUAGCUGUAAUACUAGUGUAUUUCAAAUUCAACUAUCACAAUAAAUGCAUGUGCAUCACUAUAACUAUGCAAGCCUUACCUCCUUCACAAUCAAGCACUGAAUAUUCCUUUUCUCAUGUUGUGGGUAGCUGCUUUAGGUUUUAGUUUUUUCUGUUAUCACUCUUUUGGGUAUGAAAACAGAAUUUCUAUUGUUGCUAAAUAAAAGCUUAAUGGUAUUUAUAUGUUCUUGAUUUUGUGCAAUUUGCUGUAAUUUUAAGUAAACGUCUUCAUUAGAUGGGUGUUUGUUGGAUUAAGGUGUUGCAAGAUGAGUGUCAUUAAAAAUGUUGAGAUAUUUAACUAUAUGCUGUCAAUCCCACUGCCUGGUCCACCAUGAGCUAUGUCCUACUUAGCAACAGAUGAUAAAAUUUGUCUUGACCUUCCUGUUUUAGUGAAACCACCAAAUUAUGCAGACUUUUCUAUUUCACAAUUCAUCCAUGUGGCUCAAUGGGAUCAGAAAAAUCACAGUCUUCUUGGCAGUAAUUAUGUGACUAUAUUUAAGAAUUAUUUCUUUAGUGUUAUGGUGUUUUCUAAUAUAUUUAUAUCAUUGAGGGUAGACUAUUUACAGUACAUUUAAUUUAUAAUGCAAUAAAUAUUCCCUACUGCUCA